CCGCGCUGGACAGACAGACAGGGUCUCUCUUUAAUCCCUCACCCUCUCCCCAGCCUCUCUGCCUAAACCACGCACGGACCGGGACUCUGACCCUGACUGCGACCCAGUUGGACUCAUCCAGUUGUCUUAAAGUCUUGUGCUCAAAUCGAGUGUUAAACUUGUUGGGACCGGUCUGAGCUGAGCCAGAUGUCCUCACAAUGGGGUGUUUUCUCCCAUGACUGAGCUUCGCGGGAAAGGAUCAACAAGUUGCCGACCACAACAGAGUCUGCAGCUCCAGAUGACCAACUCGUUCCGAACUUCUCACGCGCGCUCUCGCCCAGUGAAACGGGCUGCGUCACAGGCAGAACCAGAAGGGAACCGCCGAGGAGGGAGCGCUCGUCUCUGACCAAGAUGCCUGCCGAGCUCUACAGUGUCCGAGGGCCAGAGGAUGCCGCUCAGGGGACCACAGUGGGUGGCCGCAAGCCGCUGCACCGCUUCAUCAAGGGCCAGCCCAAGGUCAUGGGGAUCGUGGUGAUGAUCCUGGGCGCCACCUUCCUCAUGGUCUCCAUCGCCAUCGUCGACCACUAUUCUUUCAACCUCUGGUCUGUCAUCGCACCGUGGCUCAUUCAUGGAGUGCUGUUUGUGCUGAGCGGGAUCCUCUUUGUCUUGACGGAGCACAACCCCACCAAGAAGACGGUGACCAUCUCUCUGGCUCUGAGCAUCGUCUCUGUGCUGGGAGGCUUCUGGACCAUCAUCACCCUCCUGCCUGACGUCAUGCACAAGGCCAUGUUCAGACACUACGGCUGGUACGGCAACAGGACCACCACUGAAGAAAUGUGGGCGGCUCGCGCUGAGAAAAUGUCGAUCACGGUGGAAGCCAUCGUCCUCUUCUACAGUCUGGUGGGUGUCAUCAUUUUCAUCAUCAUGUCCACGCUGGCUGGGACUGCCCUUCGCUCCUCCAAGAGUCAGGCCAUCAUCGUGAUGUCCAGCGCACCGGGGGACCCCGCCGCGCAAGGCUGAAGAGCCAGGCCUCCGCCUCCUCCUCUGCUUAUAGUCAACUGCUCCCAGCUAGCCAGGGUGUCUGCAGACCAGACGGACGUCGCUUUGUUGCUUUUUUGUUCAGCCAAACCAAAUAAAAAUGAUGGCAAAGGUU